AUGCAAUCAGAUCUACCAAAUCAGACCAGAGAUUAAACACUUUUAUCUUUAGCUUGCAAACACUUGAACAACAAUUUCAAUAGUCUAGAAGAAAUUGAAACUGUGAAUAUAAGUGGAAUGUCGAACGUUACAUACAUCAUUUCUUCAAAGAAAGAACCGUCUAAUAAAGUAGUCAUCAGAUUUUUCGAGUCUAAAGCAGCAGAUUUUGCCACGGAAGCAUCUAUUUUCAGAUAAAUGGGAAAAAGAGGUUGGGGACCCAAAGAGAUUGAAUCAACUGAUGUAUAUCGUGUAGAAGAAUAUAUUGACGGCAGACCUUUAACAAUGUUUGAGCUUAGAAAUCCUUUCAUAGCUAAAACAGCGAUGGAGAUGAUAUGUGAAACAAACUACGAUGAAAAGCUAAACAAACUAAUUAAGCAACUUAAAACUCCAAAUCAUAAUUUCUCCUAAGAUUUUGUAAGUGAUUCAGAUAAUGGAUGGUUCAAUAGAUAUAUGAGAGAUGUAAGACCUCAGCUGUUAUAGGCUGAUUUCACAAAUUUCCCAAGAGCUUUGGAAAUUUUCAAUGUUUUUGAGAGCAUAGUUAGAGAUAAGGAUUAAUUUAUUAAAGAAUAUGAGGGCCUCUAUCCAUCUAAUGAGAAUGUCUUAUUUUCUCACAAUGAUAUUUAAGAAAAUAACAUCAUGGUUUGGAAUUAAGACAAAACCCAACUAACUCUGAUUGACUUUGAAUACAGUUCAUUAAAUUUCAGAGGAUACGACAUUGCAUCUUAUAUAAACGAGACAGCGAUAGAUUACGCUCAUCCAGUAGUACCUAAAUUCAAACUUUAUGAAGAAUUUUUCGACUCUAUUAUCGAGGAAAAAGAAAUCGAUUUAUAUCUCGGAUACUAUUUGAAAAAAUACCAUUAAAUAAUGUCAUAGAAGAUAGAAGAAUAUGAAUACAAGGGGCAACUAGACAAACUUUUAGAAAAGGAACUGCCUAUAUUAAGAGAUGAAGUUCUGAGAUGCAUUUUACUCUAGCAUCUCAUUUGGUCAUUCUGGACCCUAAUAAUGAUGCCUAUUGAAGAUUUGAAAAAAUGUGAAAAUUUUUAUCUAGAAUAUGGAUAUCAAAGACUUUAAAUGUACAUUAAAUAUAAGGACUAGUUUCUUGGAUUAGCCAGUAAGCAAUGA